AUGGCCUUCAACUUCAACUGGUCGCCGCUGUCGACCGAUGCAGGCUUCCUUCCCCGGGCCCAAGAACUCCUCACCAAUGCCCUCAACCGCGCCGACCCCAAACCUGCCAUCAUCGUCGACGACAUCAUUGUCAACGAGCUCAACCUUGGCGAUGUGCCUCCCGAGUUGGAAAUAUUGGAGAUUGGGGACUUAGCAGAGGAUCGGUUCCGCGGCACUUUCAAGAUGAUGUACAACGGCAAUGCAUACCUGACAUUGAAGACAAAAGUACAAGCCAACCCGUUGAAUACCUAUCUACGGACGCGGUCUGCAUUUGCGACACCACAACCGCUGGCUGCGGAUACUGGGUUGACUAUACCGCUCCAGAUCACGUUAUCUGAGUUCCGCUUGUCCGGAUUCAUCAUUCUGGUCUUCUCACGCCAGAAGGGCUUGACGCUGGUCUUCCGAAACGAUCCUCUCGAAUCACUCCGCGUGUCCUCGACCUUCGACUCGAUACCAUUCGUUGCAAAUUUCCUGCAAAAAGAGAUCGAAACACAGUUGAGAGGGCUCUUGAUGGACGAGCUGCCUGCGAUCAUCCAUCGCCUCUCGCUACAACUACUCGUUCCAGAACGUAAUGCGUGCGAGGAACGCAAGCUCUCAGCAGCACCGAUAUCGAAGGACGAAGUCGUCAUUGAUCCACUAGCCAGCCCCCCGCAGGAUCCAGUCGACUCUACCGGAGCAGUCCUGACGCCUGCAGAGGUUGCUUCCUUAUCGCUGGACUCGUCUAUCGAAACCCAGUCGUUAUUCUCGCGCAAGAAUCUCAUCCGCUUGGCCACUUUGACCGACUCGCAUAGGACUUUGUCGCUAUUCACGCCAUCGAUUCGCGACGCUGUCUUUCGAGCAUGGACAGGGCCGCUGGAACGGGGAGAGAUGCCAGGUCUUUUGACCCGGACGACAACCCCUGCCCUCUCCAGGACUCACUCGUAUGCUGGCAGUCUCAGCACCACUACUGCCUAUACAUUCGACAGCGGUUCUACCAGACCGACUUUGCACAGCUAUGUUUCCUCAAGUCAUGGCUUGACCAUGAACAGCGGUCGACAUGGACAGGGCCAUCGAACACGGAAGAGGAAGAAGCGCGUUGUCGACUUACGGCCGCAUCCAGAGACAGGAGAACCGGAAAUGGUCGUUGAAGACGGUUCGACAGCGGACUCGGCGAGUGUGUCCGAAAGCGCCUCCACCACGGCCUCGGUGUUUUCAGCACCGGCAGCUACCAUGUCUUCGGAUGCCAGUCAAGGUCUCAAUCCUAUCACGCCACCGAGGAGUCCUACAAUGGCCCUGCGGACUGCUGCGUUAGCGCCCGUUAGACAGGGUGGGAUACGUUGUGUCAGUGAUGGUGCUCCGGGCCCGAGCAUUGCCGUCGACCAUGACGAGCCUCAUAUGGACGUCCAUCGGACACCACGGGCUAAAGACCCCAACGCGACGAUUCGUCUGCGGUCACGGAGAACCAUACCUGCCGUUUCCGAUGAUGACGAGACACCCCGAGCAUCAAUGUACUUGGCAGAUCAAAAGGCGCCAGUCGCACCUCUUGCCAAUGAACUUCCAACAGCUGUAGACGAAAAGACUGUCCUGCCCUCUCGAGCAGGGCCCUCUCGUCCAGGGCUUCCGAACUUCAUGCAAUUCGUCACGAGUUCCACAAACACCACCUCUAUCGCAGAGCAAGCGUGGAUGAUGAAAAUGGCAAACGAAAUGGUCAGGCGAUAUGAAGAGGAACGUCUGAAAGGAAGCUUUGGUCCGGCAUCGCCGAGAGAGGAAGAUGCGAGCCCUCCUCCGCCUGCUUACGCGCAAUGA